GUGCCUCAACGACACCUCAGACAUCCCCAAGACGCCAGAACGGCGGAGACGGUUGGAAAAGCGUCGUAGACACACAACGGCCAGGUUUGACCUUCCUGUCCGAACAAGUGAAAAAAAGAUCGUUUCUUUCGCGCAGAGGUCAUAACGCCGCGCACGUUGGAGGGUCGCGUCUUCACCUUGAAAAAGCAUAUCGAAAUCGAAUGGACGUGUACAGUCCAUGGCUCCAACCCAGCGACAACAACCAUGACGGUCGGUCGAGCGCACCCCCAGGCGCGACGCCGCCGACGCACGGCCAACCGAACCUCGACCUGAGCGAGCUCGCGUUCGGCGAUCUGACGGAUUCCACGAAUCCCUUAUCAACGCCAUCCGCCUCGUUCUUCCAGCCCUACCAGCAGAACUACUUCAUCUCUGGCGCGCCCGGACCCUACAAUGCCAUCCCGUACGGUUCGAGCCCGUGGCCGAGCACGUCGCAAGUCCCAGUGUCUUCCUACUCGACCCUUAACGGCGCCACUACUUCACCUCACCUCUCGCAACCGUCUCCGCCUCCUCAGCAUCAACAGCCACCACCGCAACACCAGCCGCAGCAACAGCAGGCGAUACAGCCCCAGCACAUGGUUAUCGACCCGGCACUCACGACCAUGAGCAGUAGCUCACCGCCACCUCCUCCUCAAUACUCCAACUCUCCUUUGAACGGGCAAACAUACGAUGUCAGCGACUUUCUCCGCCAGCUCAACCAGCCCGGCCUCGGUUCCACAUUCCUUGACCAGUUCAUCCGACCCGCAGGCCAAUCGACCCCGCCCGUGCGUCCAGAACAGACGCUCUCGCCCCACGUCCUCCACAACUCGCCCCCACCACCGACCACCAUCGCGCCCUCCGCCUUCUACACCCCCCAACCUCAACAGCAGCCCGCCGCCCCUCCUCAGCAACCCCCGACCCCGCCGACGCCGACCGAAAUCAUCCAGGCGAAGAAAGAUGCGUUCCAGAGCGCGAUCCGGCCCCUGCUCGCCCCGGACGCGUUCAGCGGCGCGAAGCACGUGCAGAAGCUCGUCGGCCACAUCGACGACUACGGCUCGAACCUCGUCGACGCGCCGAUGCGGCUCGAGAUCCUCACGAAGAUGCGGGACAACGCGGGCAACCAUUAUUUCCGGGCGUGGUCGGAGAGCCCGGCCGCGAUGGACGUUACCCGAGAAUGGUUGAAGGCCGGCAUGACCGGAAAGUCGGAGGGUCAGCUCCGGGAAACGAUCAUGCCGUUGUUGCACAUUAUUGACCGGCUUCCGUUGACGAUCGAGUCCCUGAAGACAUCAAAGCUGGGCAAAAUCAUCGUCAAACUGGUCAAGGAUCCCCCGUCACCUGCGAUCAAGGAUAUGGCUUCGAACCUCGAAAGGCGUUGGCGCCAGAUGGUGAAUCCGGGCGAAAGCAAACAACCGGACAAAGACGCAGAGGACCCGAAGAGCAAGAAGCGGAAGGUCACGGACCCGAAGGCGGCGCCCCCGCUGAAGAAGCAGGCGAUCUCGACCUCCGGCGCGGGGCCCUCGUCCCGCUCGGCCCCGGCGACGGCGACGGUGAAGAAGGAGGCGGCGAAGCCGGUGGUGACCGCCGUCAAGGACGCCAAGUCGGACUCGUCCUUCUUCUCCGCGCCCAAGCCCAAGCCCAAGCUGCCGACGUUCAAGAAGGCGCCGCCGAAGAAGGACGAGCACGUCGCGCAGCCGUCCGCCAUCGAUCCGUUCCAGGAGGCGCUGAAGGAUAUGGCGAAGGCGAGGAGGGGUUCGCCUGCGACGGCGUCGACCCCGCCGUCGGCGACGACGACGCCCGCGCCGAUACCGGGCCCGUCGAAGCUGAAGAAGAAGGGAAAGACGGUUUCUUGGGCGCCUGAAGGCCAGCUCGAGAUGGUCAAGCUCAUCGACAGGGCGAUAUAUGACGAUGAUGCCAUUGCUGCGGGUGGUGUAUGUCACAACGUCCGUCAACUCGACCGAGACGAGGGCGCCGCGAUGCAUGUCCAUCUGUUCGACGAGACAGUCGAUUGGUCAGAACCACAGCCCGUCGAAUUCCCGCCUGAGCUCGAGUUGUUCGAAAGAGGCUCGUCCAGUCAGGAGAAGGAUCUGCAGGCGCAACGAGAGCAAACAGCCCUCGUGGCCAUAUACAUGUCCCUUGACCAAAUACCGCCCACACCGGGCGAGCCGGUGACGGUCAUACCGGAAGAUCAAAUGGACAAAGACGUGAAGGCCAUGAUCGUCGGGUCCAAGGCCGACCCGCUUUUCUGGAGUGGGGCUCCUCCACCUCCGGGGGGUCCAGCAGGGUCUGUCGCCGAUCUCGUGGGCCAGCUCACCGCUGCUGCCAACGGCGGGGACGUGCACAUGGCGGACGGGACUGGCCAACAAUCGGCCGGCCAGGCCUGGGGAGGAGCAGGUGGCGCAGGAGGGUACGACACUAGGGUGCUGCAGAACAUGCCGCCGGAUCAGUUGCAAAUGUUGUUGCAGCAGGCGCAGGUGCUAUUUGGCCAAGAGCAGCAGCAGCAGCAGGGUCCGCCCAUGGCCCCCCCGGCCGGUGGUGUUGCUCCUCCGUACGACGGCGCUGAUCAUAAUUGGGAUAGUCAGUAUCAGGACUAUGGACAUGACGGGAAUGGGCAUGGUCGGUGGGAUGGGGAUAGCUUCGGUGGACGAGGGCGGGGACGAGGUCGAGGCCGCGGUGGCGGCGGCGGCGGUGGCGGGUUUAGACAUAAUAAACGGACACCCUGCUCGUUUUUCAUGCAAGGAAGGUGCAAAUAUGGCGACCGCUGCGAUUUCAGCCACGAUCCCCAAUAUUGA